AUGUCGUUCCGUGGCUUUUUGGCACAGCCUGACGGCGCGAGAAUCAAGGCGCCUAAGGUAACAGGGACUAUGGACUUGGAGGAGUUGAAUGCAAGAGCGCAUCCAGAGUUCAAAAGGGCCUUAGAAGCAAAUGACACUAUCAAGCUUCGUAGAACCUCUCCCGUUGAGGUCUGGAGGCGUCAGAAGCGACAACGUCAAGAUCUAGCACGGAGACUCCGUAAAGCCAAUAUCUCGACGAAUGGGUAUGGAUUGACAAACGAGGAAAUGAAAACAUACAGAGAGAGUCCGGACAAAUUUCAGAACAUUCUUGCAGCUCAUGCUGCUUCAGGCGUUAUUCCCUACCUAGUAGACCUUAGGAUAUCGUUUGCAACCUACACAAGAUUGCUCUGCGAUCGCUAUGCGCUCAGCGAUAUCAUUUGCAACCGCGAAAGCAAUCCCGACCCCGAAAGUCUCCCAAUCGGUGACUCUCUUUUGACUUCCCUCAUAUUUCUCGAGCUUUGGUCACGUCUACAACCACCUUCCUUCUCCCAGCGAGAGCCAAACACAACAAUUGAUAAGUGGAUUGAGAAUAUCAGGGAACAAAAUUUCGCAUUGAGAGAGAGUAGGAAGUGGGGUCCGCUCUGCGAAUUGCACGAGCAAUUGACUGUAGAUCAGACCGACUUCUACGCGCCCAGACAUGACUCACUUGACAGCCUUGAUUUUGAUUCUGAAUAG